AUGCGGCAGGGGACGCCUCCGGACUCACUGCCGCAUGAUGCCCGUAGCCUCGAUCCAUCACGGAGGCAGACACCUGACUUGGGCGGCACGGAGUUUGCGGGCUCUUAUCUUGGUCCGACGUCGGCGAUAUCUUGGCUGCAACGGGCAUGGAGGCGGCUAGGCCAAGCCCACGAAGAGUUCCCAACCCAUCUCAAUGGAGAGGUAUCGAACAAUGCCUCAGUUUUCACACAUGGAGACAAACUUGCGCCGACAGUUUCACCCAACGAUGAUGCUUUCGAGCUGCCUCCUCGGGCUGAAGCCCUCCUUACGCGCUACUUCGAAUUUGCAUCCCCUACGUACCGAUUCUUGCACCGCCAGACUGUCACAGGGUGGCUUGAGCAAGUGCUGGACGCCGCGCCUCGUGUAGAGAAGAAGGUAUCGGCUGCUCGGCAAGCCGUCGUCUACAUGGUGUUGGCAAACGGUUCGCUAUACCAUGUUAUCUCUGGAGACGCGCCCACUCCAGCAGCCACUGAUGAUCGAUUGAAGAGCGAACGCCUUUUUGUUGCUGCCCAAAAGAAGCUGAGCGCAGAGGUUGGACCACCGACUCUUGAAUCGGUUCAAGCUCGAUUUGCGCAAUGCUUGUAUCUUUUGAGCACUUCAAGACCGAACCAGGCCUGGUUCACUUGCGGCACGGCUGUGCAACUCAGCAUGGCCCUUGGGCUCCAUCGUAAACGCGCAAUGGUGGAGCUUUCGUCCCUAGUUGUGAGGGAGUGUCAAAGAAGGACAUUUUGGUGCCUGUACACUCUGGACAAGUACUUAAGCGUCAUGUUCGGCCGGCCAAGAUUACUACAGGACGAAGACAUCGACCAGGACUUCCCUCAGCCGGUUAACGAUGAAGACCUUACGCCUUCGGCUAUACGGAUACCCGGCCGAGAUGACUGUCUCAUGGAUGCGCCAAUCUUUCACGCAGAACUUGCACUGAUCGUGAGCAAAGCAUCUCGCGAACAGUAUUCGCCUGGAUCCAAGACCCCUGAUCAACGCUUUGCGCUUGUUUCAACCCAUAACCUAUCCUUGGAACAAUGGAAGACUAGGUUGCCGCCUUUUCUCUCUGGAGCUAUUAGGCCAUCGAGUUUGAUACCCAUCCUGCGUCGGCAGUCUACUGUCCUAACUCUAGCGUAUGCUCACGCGGUCAUGCUGGUCAACAGGCCUCUGCUCCUCAGUAACUUUUCCAAACCCCGAAGAGGCGGAGUCACUCAGUCACCACUGUUUCAACAUGGUAUCGAGCUGUGCGUUGAAGCAGCACAGGACGUUGCACAUAUGGUGUUGCAGUUUGUCGAAGAGCAGCAGAUGUUCGAAGCUUUCUGGUACACGCAAUACAUUGCUUUUAAUGCGCUGUCGAUCAUCUAUUUGUACAUCAUCCAGUGCCACCGACAUCGCACUUUGUCUGAUUCGCAGACCAAAAUCCUCAAUCUUGCCGAGACAUGCCAGCAGCAUUUGGCUGAAGCGACACGCACCAAUGCACCUAGUCUGCGCUAUGCCAUCAUCCUCGAGGAGCUGCGUCUGGAGGUUCACCGGCAGUUGGAUCAUGUAUCACCGCCACAGCAGGCUCUCGGCACCAAUAAAGACACCACAGUCGCUGCUGCUCAAGAGUUCAAUGUGCCUAUGGGAGGUUCUACUUUUCAGCCGAACUUAGCUGGCAGCGUCAUCAUCCAGCAUGGUGGCCAGACACCUGGUAGUGGGCUCGCCCACGAUGCAUUUGAGGACACUAUGUCGGCAGAUACAGACGGCAUUGACUGGAACCUGGAUUUCUGGCCGCAGUUGGAUUCUUUGCCGCUCUCUUACAACAAUUGGUUCGAUGAAGUAAGCGGUGAUUUGGGAGACGCGUAUCCGAUGUCGGUCACUGGAACAGGAUGA